GUAAAAUACAGAGUGCAAAAUUAUCCUCUACGACGCCCUCAUCAGUCAUCCCACAAUUCUCCACCGUCCGAUUAAUCCCCUCCUCAUCUCGUUGCUCGAUCUGGGCCUAUUAAUUAUCUCAACCGUCCAAUUUUACACAAAACCCAAAAAGCUCUGUGAUCCCUUCGCCUCCUCUGUCACUCACAAGACCGCCCUUCUUCAUCGCCUUUACUCUUUUUUCUCUGCAAAUCUCUUAAAUUCCUUCAUUUUCAAUCCGCAUUGUUUAAAGGGUCCGAUUGGGAUUUUCCGAUCACCCGAUUCUUCUUCUUCAUUUUCAGAAAUGAAAGAUUCAGAGAAAGUGUUCUGGGAUCCGAUGAAGAAUCCCGCCGGAAACAACCGCAUUGCCGCCUUCAAUUCUCCGUCCAGAGCCUCCUCUAAGCUUCUCUUGUAUCUAAUCUUCUUACUCUCUUUCACUUACUUCAUUUAUUCUCUCAAACUCCUCUCCUCCUCCCGCCCCUGUUCCGACCUUCAAUCAUUCUCCGCCUCCUCCUCCGCCACCGCCACCGCCAUACAUUCACUCCUCAAUCUCACCGCCGAUGACGCAAUUUCACUUCCGCCCCCAAUACAGACAUUACCCACUACCAAUCGGACGGAGAUUCAACAUGUCGUAUUCGGAAUCGCUGCGUCGGCGAAGCUGUGGAAACAGAGGAAGGAGUACAUCAAGCUUUGGUUCAAACCGGAGGAGAUGAGGGGGACGGUUUGGUUGGACCGGAAAGUGAAAACCGAUGAGGAUUCCAAUGACCUCCCGCCGAUUAGAAUCUCCGGCGAUACCUCCAAGUUUGCGUAUAAGAACAAACAGGGGCAUCGAUCGGCGAUUCGGAUCUCGCGAAUCGUGUCGGAAACAUUCCGUUUGGGUUUGAAAGACGUGCGGUGGUUUGUAAUGGGCGAUGACGACACCGUUUUCGUGACCGAGAAUUUGGUUAGGGUUUUGAGGAAAUAUGACCAUACGCAAUUCCAUUACAUCGGAAGCCUGUCGGAGAGCCAUUUGCAGAACAUAUACUUCUCGUAUUCAAUGGCGUACGGCGGCGGUGGGUUUGCCAUUAGCUACCCGUUGGCGAAGGCUUUAGUGAAAAUGCAGGAUCGGUGUAUACAGAGGUACCCCGGAUUGUACGGGUCCGAUGACCGGAUGCAGGCUUGUAUGGCGGAGCUGGGCGUUCCACUGAGUAAGGAACUCGGAUUUCACCAGUACGAUGUCUACGGGAACCUAUUCGGCCUGCUCGCUGCCCACCCGAUCGCGCCAUUCGUGUCGCUUCACCACCUCGACAUAGUCGAGCCGAUCUUCCCCAACGUCACACGUCUCCAAGCUCUCCAACGUCUUUCAAUUCCAAUGAAGCUCGAUUCAGCAGGUCUAAUGCAACAAUCCAUAUGCUACCACAAAUCCAACACUUGGACCAUUUCCGUCUCGUGGGGCUUCGCCGUCCAAAUCUUCCGUGGCAUCCUAUCGCCGCGUGAAGUCGAAAUGCCAGCUAGAACAUUCCUCAAUUGGUAUCGUCGCGCUGAUUACAAAGCCUAUGCAUUCAACACCCGACCCGUCAGUCGAAAUCCAUGCCAGAAGGCAUUCGUGUUUUACUUGUCCAAUGCUGCUGCACAAAUGAACUCGACGACAGGGCAGACGGUCAGCAAGUAUACUCGACACCGAGUGACACAGCCGUCGUGCAAGUGGAAGAGCCCGAACCCAGGUCGCAUCGACAUCGUCAAGGUGGUGAAGAAGGCAGACCCGAAGUUGUGGGACAGAUCUCCGAGGAGAAACUGUUGCAGAGUGAUGAAAUCAAAGGAGAAGAAGACGAUGAUGGUGGAAGUUGGAAUAUGCAGAGAAGGUGAAAUCAGUGAAGUUUAAUUAAUGGAGAUUCAUCUUUUUUAUUUUCUUUUCUUUUUUCAUAAUUUUUUCUAUGUAUUUGAAUAUACAAAUUAAGGCUGUAUUCCAUUACUUUAUAUAUAAUUUUAUCUAAAUUAUUGUACAAUUUUCACUAA